CAUUUUUCCUAUCAUUUUUUUAGAGGUUCGUCUCUGUAAAGAGGUAGCCGUUUAAUUGAGAUGAGAUUAUUAGAGAAUUAAAGGAUGGUCGUGUGCUGCAACGUAUCGUCGUUCCGUGUCCUUACACGUUUAACGAACUGUCUUUUUCCGCCUAAAUUACCCCCCCGAACAGCUUCUUCUUCUUCUUCUUCACUGUUGUUGACAAGAAGGGAUUUCUCACUGAACACUCUGUCUGCAACAUUUACUUCAUUUAUCUUCGUCAUUUCUGAUUACUCCUGCAAAGCUUCUGCUGUUGCUGCUGCUGCUUCCAUUUCUGAAUUCUUCGAGCUCGAAGGUUCUGGCGGAGUGAAAGCUCUGGAUCUUCGCGUAGGUGACGGAGAGGUCCCUGUUAAUGGUGAUCAGGUUGCAAUUCAUUAUUAUGGAAGGUUAGCUGCAAAACAAGGAUGGCGUUUUGAUUCAACAUAUGAUCACAAAGACGAAAUGGGUGAGCCAGUUCCCUUUGUAUUUGUCCUUGGCUCUGGCAAAGUCAUCUCUGGGAUUGAAACGGCUGUGAGAUCAAUGAAAGUAGGAGGUAUUCGUCGAGUCAUUAUACCUCCAUCUCAAGGAUAUCAGAACACAUCUCAAGAACCCAUCCCUCCUAAUUUUUUUGACAGGCAGAGGCUAUUUACCACCAUUUUCAAUCCAACACGUCUGGCCAAUGGAGAGGGUUCCACGCUUGGAACUCUGAUAUUUGACAUUGAGUUGGUAAGACUGAGACGUAGUUGAGAUCUGGGUUUUGAUACUGCCAAACUGGAAUCUUUAUGCAGCAGAAGGCAAGGUAGUGAUGAUUUGUGACACUGUCAAUCUCCUGGAAAAGAAAAGAUGGUGCUGAAGAAAUCUUCAAAUACCUUUUAUAAUUAAGCGAGUUAGUCGUUGUUUUUCCUUGACAUUUGUUUAUUUAUUACUUUUUUAUGCAGUACUGACCAAGAUGUCACUGUUCCAUUCGUGCAAUCCAAAAUUCUGGGUAUCUAUGACCAUUAAUAGAAACGAGUUUCGAAAACCCUUAUUUUC